AUCCCGCCUGUCCAUGUUUGCUUUGGUUGCCCGUGCUUGUGGGGUAUUGUUCAAGAGCCUGGCAGAAUUUUAUUCAGAUGUUUGAAUUGGAGCUUACAUCCUUUCUGAGAUCAUUUCUUCCAUGUAUAAAAUUGAGUUGCAAGCCACUUUACAAGGUUUUGUGCAGAGCGACGAUAAUAGCUACCGUUCAGGAAGUGCUUACUGUAUAACUAGCACUUAAUUCUCAGCCCAAGCCUUAUGAGGUGCACUAUUAUUAACCCCGUUUUACAGAUGCAGAAGCUGAGGCACACGAAGGUUAAAUAAUUGGUGGUCAUACAAUUAACAAGUAUCCAGAACUGGAAUUUGAAUGCAGGCCCCUGAUCUAAAGUUUGAGCUUUGUAAAGUGCCCAGUGCUAUCUUGGGCACAUAGAGCCUUGGAAAAGGUGAUGAGAGCAGAGCCCAGGAAUGCCUUAUGUGGAUCGGCAGAACCGAAUCUGUGGGUUUCUGGACAUCGAGGAGCAUGAGAACAGCGGCAAGUUUCUGCGGAGGUACUUCAUUCUGGACACCCAGGCUAACUGCCUCCUCUGGUAUAUGGACAACCCCCAGAAUCUGGCAAUGGGGGCAGGAGCUGUUGGAGCUUUGCAGCUGACCUACAUCUCGAAGGUGAGCAUAGCUACCCCAAAGCAGAAACCAAAAACUCCAUUUUGCUUUGUUAUCAAUGCCCUGUCUCAGAGAUAUUUCCUUCAAGCCAAUGACCAGAAAGAUAUGAAGGACUGGGUUGAAGCCCUGAACCAAGCCAGCAAGAUCACCGUACCCAAAGGUGGGGGCCUACCCAUGACCACUGAAGUUCUCAAGAGCUUAGCAGCUCCUCCAGCCCUGGAGAAGAAGCCACAGGUGGCCUACAAGACAGAGAUCAUCGGAGGGGUGGUGGUCCACACACCCAUCAGCCAGAACGGUGGGGAUGGGCAGGAAGGGAGUGAGCCUGGGUCCCACGCCAUCCUUCGAAGGUCUCAGAGUUACAUCCCCACGUCAGGCUGCCGUGCUUCCACUGGGCCUCCCCUCAUUAAGAGUGGUUACUGCGUGAAGCAAGGGAAUGUGCGGAAGAGCUGGAAACGUCGCUUCUUUGCACUUGAUGACUUUACCAUCUGCUACUUCAAGUGUGAGCAGGACCGAGAACCACUGCGCACUAUAUUUCUUAAGGAUGUUCUCAAGACCCAUGAAUGUCUAGUCAAGUCUGGUGAUCUCCUAAUGAGGGACAACCUGUUUGAAAUAAUAACAAGCUCCAGGACCUUCUACGUACAGGCGGACAGUCCAGAAGACAUGCACAGCUGGAUUAAGGAGAUUGGGGCAGCUGUCCAGGCCCUCAAGUGCCACCCCAGAGAAACCUCCUUUUCUAGAUCCAUUUCUUUGACCCGACCUGGAAUUUCCAGCCUUUCAAGUGGGCCCAACUCUAUCCUGUGCAGGGGGCGGCCACCAUUGGAGGAAAAGAAAGCCCUCUGCAAAGCCCCCUCUGUAGUCUCCUCCUGGCAGCCCUGGACACCUGUCCCCCAGACUGGGGAGAAGCUGCUUCCAGCUGGAGAGGCUUCAGAGGACUCUUUGUUCACGCCUCGUCCUGGGGAGGGCAGCACUGCUGGGGUGCUGCCCAGCUCCAGGAUAAGGCACAGAUCGGAGCCCCAGCACCCCAAGGAGAAGCCAUUUAUGUUCAACCUUGAUGAUGAAAACAUACGGACCUCUGAUGUGUGAUGGAGCACAGUGCCGUGGGAGGGAGGGAGGGAAGACUUGAGAGGAGACUGUGACUCAGUUUCUCUACCUUAUUGGAGGGUAGUCAGAGGCCUUUAUGUCACUCAUAUUCCUGUGGAUGUUCUUUGGGAGGGAGGGGCCCAUCCAGCUGGCUGUGUGUGUGUGUGUAUAUGUGUGUGUGUGUGUGUGUGUGCGUGAUAUCAGUGCAGUGUAUUUAAUUUGGGGAAGUCACUAGGUUAGACCUGUAGGCAUACUCCGUGGAGAGGAAGCUACCUAUUCUAUUCUAACUAUUCCGAGGUCUUCCUGGAGAGGGAUUAUUUUAGCAGUUCCUCUCCAGAGGGGGCUGGAAGUCCAGUUUCACCACUGACCAAGUUUUGUUUCCUUGUCCUUGUUUUAGUUUUUUCAUUUUGUUUGCAGUCCAGGUGCCUCGCAGCUCUUUUGGAAUGGGCCGGCGUUAGUCUAAUCUUAAGCGCUGUGUGUUUUGUACCCUUGCAAACUUGCUUUCUCUUUCUUCUUGCUGUUGCCCUUUGAAUGAAGCCUUGUGUGCUUGCAUGAUCAGACCCUGUAAUAGGAUGAGUUUCCAUGCACUUAACAUGAAGAGAUACAAAAAGAAUCUAGAGAGAGAGAUUUUUAAUGAAAGAAGCUUGGCAUAGAAACAUUGAUUUAGAGGUUAUGAGUUGCUGGCCAGAGAUUCCUCAGAUAAAAGAGCCUAGAAAAUUGAUUGUUGGGUGGGCGUGGUGGGUCACGCCUGUAAUCCCAGCACUUUUGGGAGGCUGAGGUAGGUGGAUCACCUGAGGUCAGGAGUUUGAGAUCAGCCUGGUCAACAUGCUGAAACCUUGCCUCUACUAAAAAAUAUGCAAAAUUAGCCAGGCAUAGUGGUACAGGCCUGUAAUCCCACCUAUUCAGGAGGCUGAGGCAGGAGAUUCACUUGAACCUGGGAGGUGGAGGUUGCAGUAAGCCAAUAUUACGCCAUUGCACUCCAGCCUCGGCAACAAGAGUGAAACUCCAUCUCAAAAAAUAAAAGAAAAUUGAGUGUCCCGCCCAAAUUUUAGGGCGUACCUCCUUCCAUUUGACAAAAAGAUACUAUUUCCAGUGUCCCUGGGAGAAUUCUUCCAUCCAAUUUAUGUGGUGAAUUGCUGCCAGCAUUCAAAAGAAGAGAGAACUUAGCUUAUUUCUGUCGGUAACUUUUAUCAGCUAGAUCAGUCAAUUGUAUUUUUAAGUUAAAAAUUAGUGACUAGAGGAAGAGACUAAGAGAACUAUUUUUACCUGAGUAAAUGCUCUCCUCUUCGUGUGUCCAAAUCUAAUGCAGAGGUGAAAACACUUGAUGAGAAAAUCCUUAGUGGCUUGAGGGGAAUCAUGUUUCUUUCAGGACAUGUUGUUUCCCUGAAGUCUGUGUCACACUGAGAAUUUUUUCUGACUGCACUGCAUUUAAACUGAGUUUGGCCUAGUUGUCCUGGUAUAAAACAGGAAAUCCACACUGUUCCCUCUUUCUCUCCCUUCCAUCCCUUCCUCUGCCUUUCCUGUACACGCUGGUGUGCUUUUGCCCUCAGAAAUUCUUGGUUUGGGAGUUAUUUAUGAGUGAUUACGACAUACUUGGAGCAGCAUAAUUUCAAGAAGCCAUUCCAAAUUCUUACAGCUCCUUAGCUCUGGUUUUACUCUCAUAUGUUCCCGAAGAAAAUUCUUUGGCUAUUCAAAGAAAGCACAAAAUAUGUGAUGUGGAUCUAAUGAAAAUGGGAACUUGUGAGAUCUCUUUAAAUAUUCCCUGACUCACGGAAAAGAUGUCCUCUUUUGGUGUUUACAUUGUGAAAAUCUACCCAUUUAUCUCUUUCUUUUCUUUUAAAUAAAUUAUCUGAUAGAUUACUAUUGCUAAAUUAAUUGGCCAUUAUAAUAAGCUGAUUUCUUAUUCAGCAAGAUCUCUCGAGAAUGUGUUACAUUAAACAUAUUUAGAAUCCAUAUGGUAUUAUCCUGAUAAAGGGAAACGAGGACACUAAGAUUGUCAAAUGGAAAUCUUCUUGUCAAUUGGCAGACACUUGGGAAUUCCAUGUUAGGGCAUUGCUUGUUUUUAAUUUUUAAAAGACAGGGUCUCACUCUCUUACCCAGGCUAGAGUGCAGUGGUGUGAUCACAGUUCAUCAUAACUUUGAACCCCUGGGCUUAAGCAAUCCUCCCAUGUUAGCUUCCCAAGUAGCUAGGACUACAGGGUUGUGCUACCACACCUGGCUAAUUUUUAAUUUUUUUAUAUGUACAGGGCCUGGCUGUGUUGCCCAGGCUGGUCUCAAACUCCUGGGCUCAAGUGAUCCUCCUGCCUCGGCCUCCUAAAGUGCUGGGAUUACAGGUGUGAGCCACUGCACCUGGCCAGAACAUUGUUAAUGUAGUUCAAUAUGAGAUAAAUGAUUAUCUUCAGUGAAACAAGCUCUGAAACCAUUCUCAUUCCUAAAUUGUAUUUCAAACUUCCUAUUUUGUUGAUAUUUCUUAACUUCUGGCCAAUUUUAAACCAUAAUAUUUUAAUGUGAACCAAAGAUGGUAUGUAUUUGACCAAAGCAGUUAGUUUUAAAUGUAUAAAAUUGAACCAAAUGGAAAAAAUAGGGUGGGGAUGCAGUAUAGAUUGGUGACUAAGUGCAUAGGCUCUGGAGUAAAUCUGAGUUUUUUGUUAAAGGAACUAAAAAAUGUACUGCAUUUUCUUUGUGGAAUAAAAGCCUUGCCUGAGUUGUGCUGUUUUCAUAAGGCUUUUGAAGUGGUCUUGACCUACUGUGUGUAACAGUAUUUCAGGUGGUCUUCCCUAUGGCAGAAUAAUGCCAUCCAUUAUUCUUUAAUUUUUAUUUUUAGAAACAGUGUUUCACUCUGUCGUCCAGGCUGGAGUGCAGUGGCCUGAUCAUGGCUCACUGCAGCCUGGACCUCCUGGGCUCAAGUGAUCCUCCUGCCUCACAGCCUCCCAAAGAACUCAGAUUAUAGGUGUGAGCCACCACACCUGGCCACCAUCCAUUACUUUUGAAAGCUUCAAAAGACUUGCUUACUCAAUGUCAGCUGAUGGUUGAUAAAAAUAAUUUGGCCUUUAGUGUUAAGUGAGACAUCAUAAAGGUAUUGAGCCAUGCAUUAUGGAGAUUGGUGUCAGCUCAGAAUAUUGGAGUUAUACAUCUAUUUCUGAGUUGAAUACUCAGCUCCCACGAGAAAGAAAGUAGUUUUAAGGUCCAGCUUCUUAGUCUACUUGAAGCAAAAGUUUUUUUCUUUUCUAUUUCUGAGUAUAAAUAUACUCUUAUAUGGGCUAAAAGGACCCCAUGAAUAAAUAGCAGGUUCAGUAGUUGAGGGGUAGAAUUUAGUUGGUUUGUUUUCAGCGUAAAUCAGAUAACAUAUGUGGAGGUCACAGCAUUUUGGAAAUUGAGUGUCCCCAAGUGAGCUUUGUUUAUAAACUUUAGACAUGUUGGAAGUGGACAGGUUUGUUAAAUCUUGUCUGCCGGCAUCGUUUUCUUCCUUUGUUCCUUUUCCCUCUCUGUGUUAUUGCCUGCGGCAGCCAGUCCUUCAUACUAGAUAGAGUUCAGAUAAAGCAAUGUUUGGCAAAAACAUACUGUUUGACCUCCUCCCCCUCUGCUUAUGAAGGGGUAGCAUGAUUCUGUGUUUUAAAGCAGUGAUGUUUCAGCUGUGAAAUGCAUUGGCAGUAAGCACUAGGCUGAGUGCAUGGAAACUGUUACGCUUCUCAUUUUAUGUGAUCUCCUAAUUGGUAUGUAGCAAAACUUUUCUAAAACUGUUUUGUGGCUUGUUUUGUAAUAAAACCAUGUGAAAUACUGAAA